GUGGAUGCGGAGCUAUGAGCUAAUGUGGCUAACCCAACUAGAACCCAACCCUCAGGCUGUUAAUUCAGAGGGCGUUUGGCACAGCAGGCACUCAUGGUUUAGAAACGGUUAGAAACAAACAUAAUAAAACGAAAUGCCGCAAACAGGAAGGAUGUCCGGACGCCGUUAAGGAACAGGGACCUGGUUGAUCUUUUCGUAACGGAGGUUUGACCACAUCACUGUGACUUCACUUUGUCAAGAACAAGUCCUCGUUAGAAACUGGCUUGAAUAUAAAUUAUCUGUUGCUACGGGGCAUCAGGAGGAAUAACCAGAAUAAUCAUGAACACCCACGACUCAGACGUGCACACCAUCUCCCCGGAGCUGCCGGCCAUGUUUGAUGGCAUGAAGAUGGCGGCGGUGGCCACGGUUCUCUACAUCAUCGUCCGCUGCCUGAACCUCAAAAGCCCCACUGCCUCCCCAGACCUCACCUUCCAGGACACGCCGCUCAACAGCUUCCUGCUCAAGUCCUGUCCUCAGCUGACCAAAGAGUACAUUCCUCCUCUGCUGUGGGGUAAGAGCGGUCACCUCCAAACGGCUCUCUAUGGGAAACUGGGUCGAGUCAGUUCACCUCAUCCCAGUGGAAUCAGGAAGUACCUACCGAUGCAGGAUGGGGCCACUGCGACCUUUGACCUCUUUGAGCCUUUGGGGGACCAUCGGACUGGAGAUGACAUCACCAUGGUGAUAUGCCCCGGUAUUGGUAACCAUAGUGAGAAGCAUUACAUCCGAACAUUUGUGGACCACGCCCAGAAGGACGGUUACCGGUGCGCCGUGUUGAACCACCUUGGAGCUCUUCCAAACAUUGAACUUACCUCUCCACGCAUGUUUACAUAUGGAUGCACAUGGGAGUUUGCAGCUAUGGUGGGUUACAUAAAGCGGACGUAUCCUCACACCCAGCUGAUCGUGGUUGGCUUCAGUCUGGGCGGAAACAUCGUUUGCAAGUUUCUGGGAGAGAACAGGGUGAACCAGGAGCGAGUUCUAUGUUGUGUCAGCGUCUGUCAGGGAUACAGCGCUCUCAGGGCCCAGGAAACAUUCCUACAGUGGGAUCAGUUCAGACGCUUCUACAACUUUCUCAUGGCCGACAACAUGAAGAAAAUCAUCCUGUCACACAGGCACAGUCUAUUCAGUGGAAGUUCAGUCAAAGUGAUAGAUGUCGAUCUCAGUCGACUGUACACGGCGACAUCCCUCAUGCAGAUAGACGACAACAUCAUGAGAAAAUUCCAUGACCACAGCUCACUCAAAGAGUACUAUGAGAAGGAGAGUUGUGUACAUUAUAUUCACAAUGUAAAUGUGCCGCUGCUGCUGGUGAACUCUGCAGACGACCCUUUGGUUCAUGACUCGCUGCUCAACAUCCCUCGCACACUCGCAGCAAAGAAGCCCAACGUGAUCUUUGCCCUGACGCUGCACGGAGGCCACCUGGGCUUCUUCGAGGGCGCCGUGCUCUUCCCCCAGCCCCUCACCUGGAUGGACAAAGUGAUAGUGGGCUACGCCAACGCCAUGUGCCAGUGGGAGAAACAGAAACCGCCGUGCCAAAGCGGCCACCUGAGCGAGGGCUCCUGCACAGAGGAAAAGGCGUAGACGACCGUCGUUGAUUUCCUCCCACUGUCCCAGCCCUUUGAGGAGACACCUGAACCAAACCUUGAACUGCUCUUACUUUGUCUGCCUUCUCCUCUGGGCUGGUCUCCACCCAUGACCCAUGUUCCCCGUUCAGUCGGUCCUGUAUCUCCAAGCCUUCACCACAUCUCUCCUUUGUAAUCACCAUCACCUUACAGUAUGUAAACGGACACACA